AUGGCAUUUAUAACCCCCUAUCCUUUCCAAACAGAGAACAAGGCACACCCCACCUGCAGUAUAACCCCCUAUCCUGUCCACACAAAGAACAAGGCACACCCCACCUGCAGUAUAACCCCCUACCCUGUCCACACAGAGACCAAGGCACACCCCACCUGCAGUAUAACCCCCUAUCCUUUCAACACAAAGAACAAGGCACACCCCACCUGCAGUAUAACCCCCUAUUCUUUCCACACAAAGAACAAGACACACCCCACCUGCAGUAUAACCCCCUUUCCUUUCCACACAGAGAACAAGGUCAAGGCACACCCCAACUGCAGUAUAACCCCCUACCCUGUCAACACAGAUAACAAGGCACAUCCCACCUGCAGUAUAACCCCCUAUCCUUUCCACACAAAGAACAAGGCACAUCCAACCUGCAGUAUAACCCCCUACCCUGUCCACACAAAGAACAAGGCACACCCCACCUGCAGUAUAACCCCCUACCCCGUCCACACAAAGAACAAGGCACACCCCACCUGCAGUGUAACCCCCUAUCCUUUCCACACAAAGAACAAGGCACACCCCACCUGCAGUAUAACCCCCUAUUCUUUCCACACAAAGAACAAGACACACCCCACCUGCAGUAUAACCCCCUAUCCUUUCCACACAAAGAACAAGGCACACCCCACCUGCAGUAUAACCCCCUAUCCUUUCCACACAGAGAACAAGGCACACCCCACCUGCAGUAUAACCCCCUAUCCUUUCCACACAAAGAACAAGGCACACCCCACCUGCAGUAUAACCCCCUACCCUGUCCACACAGAGAACAAGGCACACCCCACCUGCAGUAUAACCCCCUAUCCUUUCCACACAAAGAACAAGGUCAAGGCACACCCCACCUGCAGUAUAACCCCCUAUCCUGUCCACACAGAGAACAAGGCACACCCCACCUGCAGUAUAACCCCCUAUCCUUUCCACACAAAGAACAAGGCACACCCCACCUGCAGUAUAACCCCCUAUCCUUUCCACACAAAGAACAAGGCACAUCCCACCUGCAGUAUAACCCCCUAUCCUUUCCACACAGAGAACAAGGCACACCCCACCUGCAGUAUAACCCCCUAUCCUUUCCACACAAAGAACAAGGCACACCUCACCUGCAGUAUAACCCCCUAUCCUUUCCACACAAAGAACAAGGCACACCCCACCUGCAGUAUAACCCCCUAUUCUUUCCACACAAAGAACAAGACACACCCCACCUGCAGUAUAACCCCCUAUCCUUUCCACACAAAGAACAAGGCACACCCCACCUGCAGUAUAACCCCCUAUCCUUUCCACACAGAGAACAAGGCACACCCCACCUGCAGUAUAACCCCCUAUCCUUUCCACACAAAGAACAAGGCACACCCCACCUGCAGUAUAACCCCCUACCCUGUCCACACAGAGAACAAGGCACACCCCACCUUCAGUAUAACCCCCUAUCCUUUCCACACCAAGAACAAGGCACACCCCACCUGCAGUAUAACCCCCUAUUCUUUCCACACAAAGAACAAGACACACCCCACCUGCAGUAUAACCCCCUAUCCUUUCCACACAAAGAACAAGGCACACCCCACCUGCAGUAUAACCCCCUAUCCUUUCCACACAAAGAACAAGGCACACCCCACCUGCAGUAUAACCCCCUAUCCUUUCCACACAAAGAACAAGGCACAUCCCACCUGCAGUAUAACCCCCUAUCCUUUCCACACAGAGAACAAGGCACACCCCACCUGCAGUAUAACCCCCUAUCCUUUCCACACAAAGAACAAGGCACACCCCACCUGCAAGAACAAGGCACACCCCACCUGCAGUAUAACCCCCUAUCCUUUCCACACCAAGAAGAAGGCACACCCAACCUGCAGUAUAACCCCCUACCCUGUCCACACAAAGAUCAAGGCACACCCCACCUGCAGUAUAACCCCCUAUUCUUUCCACACAGAUAACAAGGCACACCCAACCUGCAGUAUAACCCCCUAUCCUUUCCACAGAGAACAAGGCACACCCCACCUGCAGUAUAACCCCUAUCCUUUCCACACAAAGGUCAAGGCACACCCCAACUGCAGUAUAACCCCCUACCCUGUCCACACAGAUAACAAGGCACAUCCCACCUGCAGUAUAACCCCCUACCCUGUCCACACAAAGAACAAGGCACACCCCACCUGCAGUAUAACCCCCUACCCCGUCCACACAAAGAACAAUGCACACCCCACCUGCAGUAUAACCCCCUACCCUGUCCACACAAAGAACAAGGCACACCCCACCUGCAGUAUAACCCCCUACCCUGUCCACACAAAGAACAAGGCACACCCCACCUGCAGUAUAACCCCCUACCCUGUCCACACAAAGAACAAGGCACACCCCACCUGCAGUAUAACCCCCUACCCUGUCCAUACCUAA